UUUUUCCGUACCCUUGUUCUUGCCUUGUCUUGUCUGAGGAAAGAACAGGGGCCACGACAAGUAAAACGACACCGUUUGGAUUAUCUCCCCCACCACUACCAGAACAUAAGCAGAGGAGAGAGAGCAGUGGGUGACAAGAUGAGUAAAAGGAUAUAAUAAGCAAAAAGGAAUUUCAAACCCAAAUCAAAUGCCAGCAGUAGCAUUAACAAAAUACAAUCUCAUUUACCACCAGAGGGCAGCGCCGAUUAAGCAAAAUCGCAGCAUUCGCAUUUGUGCCUCAAUUUUAGGCAUAGGCUGCAUAGCCGCCGGAGCCAGCAAGGCCAUGGUGACCACCGCCGCAAGCAGCAGCAGCAGCAAUGGUGGCGCGUAUACGACGAUCAAAGAGAGAGUGAGAUUCGAAAAGGAGAUCAAGAAGAGCAAGUUCAUCGCCAUCGCUGGUCCCAUCCCCGACGAACAAUCCGCUCAAUCCUUCCUCUCCCAGGUCCGAGAUCAACGUGCUACUCACAAUUGCUGGGCGUACAAGGUUGGAGAUCAAUACCGGUCUAAUGAUGAUGGUGAACCGUCGGGAACAGCCGGAAAACCCAUUCAUACUGCUAUUGAAUCUUCAGGAAUUGAUAGAGUUAUGGUGGUCGUCAUCAGGCACUUUGGAGGUAUUAAAUUGGGUACUGGAGGACUUGUCAGGGCUUAUGGAGGAGUUGCCUCAGAAUGCUUGAGAAAUGCCCCAACUUGUCUUGUAAAAUCCAAGGUGAGAAUGGGUGUGGAGGUUUCAUUUGAUCUUUUGGGCGUUCUAUACCAUCAGCUACAGUCUUUUCAAGUUGAAGACAUCAAGCAAGAUUAUGAGACUGGUAAAGAUGGCAUCACCAUGGUUACUUUCCAAGUUGAUUUUGACCGUAUUGAGAAAUUGGAGGAUGCUAUCAAAAGCCAUUGUAGCCGUGACUUAGUGUUCUAUAAGCGCUGAAACAGCCUUAGCUAGUGUAGACAUUUUCAUGAUGAAGCAUUUCAAGACUGGUACAUACGUUUUACGUCUGCUGUGCUUGGAAGCAAUCAUUUGCUACAGGUAAGACCCCAAUAUACAGAAAAAUCUCUAAACCAGUUGCAGAUUGUUUAGAGAUAUUUAAUUUAUUAAUCAAACUAGUAAGAUUAACUUAUUCUUGAAGGUUGCUUGUUUACCUGACAUGUUGUACAUAGGACAGCCUUCGUUAUAUGAGAAGAAAUAUGCUCUUAUUUUAUGGACUUGGGUGCAAGUUUAAAAUUUAGUGCUGAACUAUCAUUUUAUGCUGCCCACUGCAUUGUGUUCUUCUUGGAUCAGACAUCGUGUCAAGUCUAGGCCUGAUAGUCAUAGCUGUUUAAUCCAGAGAUCGAUUCCAUUUUAAAAAUUGCCUUCUUUUAAACAUUUUGCUAUGUGUUUCUUCUUGGUCUGACCAGGUGGUUCUAUAGUAAGGUGGUCAAGUCACAUGAUUCCGUACUUUACUUACGAGCUCGUGUAGUACUCGCCCUAUCUCUAAAGGGACUUAUGCACUCCACUUGCUGUUUACUAAUCGAGUGAUUCUGAGAAGUAGCAAAGUAGUCAUACUCGAACUCCAAAUACAAUCGGCAGCAUCUUCAAUGAUUCUGGGUUGUUUGGCAUUUAUGCUAGCGCUGUAAGGCCCACCCUUUAGUUCUAAAUCUUCAUGUGGCUUGCAUUUUGUUUUCCGUUCUUAGUAUUGGAAUACAAAGCUUUCCCAACCACAUCUCAUCAAACACCACUUAUCAGCUCUCUCUCUCUCUCUCUCUCUCUCUCUCUCUCUCUCUCUCCCUAUAUAACUGGUCGUUCUUCUUCAUAUAGAUCCAAAAUAAGUGCUUUCAAACCUUCUCUCCCAUUACAGAAAAAAAAUGGCUGCCAGUCCUAUUGGAUACAACAUUGUAUGGUUAUUUGAAAAUUUCAGUGUCUCAGCAGGCUCAAGUUAACUUUCAAGUAUUGCGACGUUUCAUUUAUAUGAAUUGUAGUAAUUUAAACAUACAAUGAGGUAGUAAUUAGUGUA